AUGGAUAAUUUAAAAAGUAAAAAUAAAGGAAAUGGUGGCGGUGAUCAUGAUAAUUAUGGUAAUGAUAAUGAUAAAUUCAAUGUAUUAUCAGAUAAAUUUGAUGCAUUAUUAGCAUUAAAGAAUCCACAAUUAGUUUCCCUACCAUUUCCAAAAAUAAAACCAUUAGAUAAUAUUCAUAAGGCAAGAAUAUUAUUACCACCUAGUGAUGAAAAUUAUGUUCAAAUAAAGAAACCACCUACUCAACCUAUAAAUAAUAUCAAUAUUACAUCAUUGAACAACAACAACUCAUCCACAACAACCAAUACUUCUCCUCCUAUUGAAUCAACACCAACCACAACAACCACAACAACCACCACUACAACCACAAGCACUACCUCAACAAAUUCAAUAGCUUCAAUAGUAGAAACAACAACCACAACAACAACAAUAAGAAAGAAAAACACAAAUGAAGAUCAUAAAAUUUUAAAGAAUAUUUCAAAUAAGUUUACUGAUGGACCAUUGUCAUUAUUAAAGAGAGCAUUAGAAAGUAAAUCAAAGAUUAAAGUUAUGAUACGUGGUACUAAUUGUAUUAGAGGUUAUUGUAGAGGCUAUAUUAUUGCUUUCGAUAAACAUAUGAAUAUCAUAUUACGUGAUGUUGAAGAAGAAUAUGACUUAUUAAAAUCAUUACCAUCAACAAGAAACCAAAAUCAACCAAUUCAACCAAAAAUAAAAAGAUAUUAUGGUCAAUUAUUUAUUAAAGGUGAUACUGUUGUUUCUGUUAUAUUAAUAGAUUAA